GUCAGUCAUUCAGAACGGCUUGAGCGCAACUAGCUCUAGUAAUCGUAUGCAUAUUGUGUAGAAUGCAACUUGAUGCAUUUGUCUUAUCAAUUCUCAGCUGCGUAGUUCAAUCAGUUAAACUCGAAUGUGUUGUGAAGUUCUCAGAAACCGACGCCGGCAGAGGUGUUUUAAGGAAAACAUUCGAAAACUCAAGUUUUUGUGAAUAUCUUGGAAUCAGAUAUGGAACAGCGGAGCGGUUCCAGCACUCCAAGCUGGUGGAGCCACAAGGUCAGCUGGAAUUCUCAACCCGAGGAAAUGUGUGCCCACAGCUGGACGACCUGAACUACCCAACGAAAGUUCUUGGCGAUGAGGAUUGCUUGUUUCUGAAUGUGUACAGUCCAUUUGACACCAGUGGCAGACCGCUAUAUCCAGUGUUGGUUUUCAUCCACGGAGGAAGUUUCACCAUAGGAUCGUCCUACUAUGAUGUCCACGGUGUUGAUCUUCUGAUUGAUAAUGGUAUCGUCAUAGUCACCAUCAACUACCGAUUGGACGUUCUCGGAUUCCUUCGAUAUCCAAAGUUCAACAUUUCCGGAAACUAUGGCUUAGGUGAUCAACAAACUGCCCUCCAAUGGAUUCGCAAGUACAUAGAACACUUUGGAGGAGAUACGAAUAAAGUGACCGUGAUGGGCCACAGUGCUGGUGCUUCGUCCGUUAAUUACCACAUGUAUUCCAACAAAUCGGCCGAAUUAUUCCACCAAGCGAUUCUUCUGAGUGGAAACUUUCUCAUGCCGCAUGCAUUUGUCUACGAACCGGAGAAAUAUGCCGAUUACUACUUUCGACAGUUGGGAAUAUCUACCCGGGAUCAGUUGAUCGAUCGUGAUUUUAAGGAUUAUUUCUUCUUGAACGACACCUCACGCACGUUGGGAACCGUUUUCGCCAGUAUGCAAUUUCCCUGUUUCCUACCAACAAUCGAUGGGGUGUUCGUAACUGAUUCCCCUCAUCAGUUGAUUUUGCAGAACGCAUCAAACAGCGGAAUUCCAAUGUUGGUAGGAACAACAUCAAAUGAGUUUUUGUUUUUACUAAAUUAUGUGAAGGGAUACUUUUCGUGGGAUGUGAACUUCCCAAAUCGCAAUAAUGAAUCGCUGCUGGCGCAAAUUGAGGGAUUUAUACAAUCGCAAGCAGAGUUACAGGUUCAGUCUGGAUUUGUCAGUGACAAGGAGGAGUUCUUUAGGAAUCUUGCUAAUUAUGCGAACAUGGUCUACCCCGUGGAUGAUUUCAUAGAGAGGACAAUCACUGGAAAUCAGACAAGUUCCAUUUAUCGGUAUCGGUUUGACUUCGAUGGGAAGUUUGCUUGGUAUAAGAAUGAGUUCUAUAGAUCCAAGAUAAAUACUUCGCACUCAGGAGCUAUGCAUGGAGAUGAUCUUGGUUACAUUUUUACUCCGUACAAUGUGGAAGAAGCGCUUGAACAUCAGGAAGAUUAUGUCAAUGAGUGGAGAAUUCACAGAAGGAUGACGACAUCCGUAUCCAAUUUCGUAAAGCACGGGUAAGUCUGUUGAAUGAGGAA